GUGCGACCACGCCAUAUAACUCCACUACUCACACAACAGUCGCUUCAAGAUGGCGGACAAGAUGGAGGGCGUAGUCAUGGGCGGCGGUCUCGUAGAUCCCAGCAAAUACCCAGUGCCCAUUGAAACUAUUUACGUCAACAACCUCGAGGAGCGCGUCAAGAUCGAUACCAUGAAGCAGGCCUUGACACGAGUCUUCCAAUACUACGGUCCGAUCCUGGAUGUUAUCGCAAAAAGCAGUCUGAAGCGGAAGGGCCAGGCAUUUAUUGUCUUUGACAGCGAGAAGGCUGCGCUGGAGGCGGUGGAGGAAAUGAACGGCUUCGAGAUGUACGGCAAGGUCAUGAAGGUGCACAGGGCGAAGACACACAGCGACGAGACAGUCAAGCGAAAGGCACCGGAACUGUUCGACGAUCACAAGCGGAAGCGCCUGACGCUUAGGGACUUCAAGCGCGCAGAAGAAGACGCGAAAGCCCAAGCCAACCCAGUCGCCGCCGAGAAGCCUCGCGCAGCCAAAACCGGAGCAGCCGCUGUUCCCGACGAAUACGUACGACCCAACAAGACGCUCUUCCUGCAGAACAUUCCCCGCGAUGUCGACGAGGACGACCUUACCACGAUUUUCGAGCGUUUCGAAGGCUUCAAGGAAGUGCGCUUGGUCUCGGUCAGGGCGGUGGCCUUUGCGGAGUUCGAGAACGAGCAGUUUGCGAUUACAGCGAAAGAAUCGACGGCCAACACCCCGAUCGGCGCAGAGGGCAAGCCUAUGAAAGUCACAUACCAGCGGCAACAGUAGGUUACUGCGUAUGGAUUUAUUGCUAUGGAUUUAUGCAUUUUAUGAUACCUUGUUCGGCACAGAUAAAGGCCGGCAGAAUAGAGUCUUAUUAUCAAAAGGCCAACGUUUACAUAUAUAUGGCACAAUGCUUAUCUCUUAUUUAGCUUGGUCGAAAACACCCGGAGC